UGUCAAAUGAACAAUUGGUUAAGGGUGGUUUAAGUAUGCUUUAUCAAACUCCUCAUUUGAGAAGACAUGUACCCCCUUAUCUUUUCCAGCAAUAUAUCAAACUAAUGUUUUAGGCACAUACAUUCUUGAGGGACAGUCUGAACAAAGAGGAGCUUAAAGGACUUUUAAAGUGCACUCUAGGCCCACUGCUCUACACUUGCCGGGAUGUCCCGGGACACCUUUGCCUUUACCUCUGCCUCUCUACGCUCCUUGAGGCUGGAGCAAGAGCUUCAGGACUGGGAAGAUGCCAGACGGGCACUGGCACACAGGAGGGCUAUGACCAGGCGCCCGCUGCCUGCAGCCCCCAGACUUUGGCAUGGAAAUGAGAGGAUCCAGACAGUCCGUGCUCCUCCACCCCAAAUACAGUGCAGAGACCCAGCAAUCCAUGAGAUCUUCAUGUGUGGAGAUAUGAAAAAAGUGUAUACUGUCCUCAAAGAACCAGGCAUGGUCAACGCAUUGAUGGAGACCGUUCAUGAGGAGAUGGUGUGGGCCCCAGAAAUGGGAAUGUGGACUCUUAUCUCGAAGGUUAAGCAGACAUCUGCACUGCGUCUGGCUGCCAGCAGAGGCCACUCUGGCUGUGUUGAGGAGCUGUUGUUUCGGGAAGCAGAGGUGGAUGCAGACCCGGGCGGGCGUACAGCUUUACACGAUGCCUGCUCAGGUGGCCAUCACGUCUGUGUGCGCCUGCUCCUGGACCACGGGGCUGACCCGGACCUGCUCACUGUUGAUGGCAAUGCCCCACUGCACCUCUGCAAUGCAGCAGAAACAUAUGAGUGUGCUGAGCACUUGGUGACCAGUGGUGCGCUGGUGAACGUGUCCCAGCGAGAUUCAUUUCUCACCCCCCUUCACGUGGCCUGCAGGAGAGGACUGGAGGACCAUGUUGAGCUCUACCUGUCCUACGGUGGAGAUGUAACAGCUAAGAGCCAAGAGGGUGAAACGCCCCUGAACGCAGCCUGCGCUGGGGCAGAGCGACCAGAAGACGCAGGACGGUAUCUGCGUAUUGUCCAGAGGCUGUUAGCGGCUGGGGCUGACGCGCAAACUGCAGGGAGAAAAAAGCACACAGCCCUGCAUAACGCCUGUGGAAACUGUUGCCCACGCAUAGUUAAACUGCUGCUGAAACAUGGGGCUCAUGCAGACGUAGCUAACUGUGCCGGAUACACACCUAUGGACUGCCUGCUGCAGGUAGUAGAGGAUUACCCAGACCAGCAGCCGGAGAUUGUGGCUCAGUCUCUGCUCAACUAUGGAGCACGUCCCCCUAUUCCUAGAAUGCUGAAACUUUGCCUUCUCUCUCCUGCCACCCUGGAGGUAAUGCUGAACUGUUUUGCAGUCGUGCCAGCAUGUGAGGAGUGGUUACAGGACAUACCUGAGGAGCUACUCAAGGAACAUGAGACUUUCUUCGAUGCAGUCAGGCGGAUGAGCGGUCAGCCGCGCUCUUUGCAGCACCUCUGCCGCUGUUCACUCCGCCGCCACCUGGGGUCGCUGUGUCACUUUGCGAUAGACCAGCUGAACAUACCCAGUGCUUUGAAAGAUUAUUUGCUGCUGAGACAAAAUGAUGGGCAACUCCGUUGACUGUUGUAGAGAAAAAAUAACGGCAGAGUACAGAAACAGUGGACUUGUAUUUUACAAGCUAUAUGUCAUCUGUUAACACAAUUAGACAUAAAUUAAAAUGGUUUUAUACUUCACAUGACACCUCUUGACAGUACAGUAUUAUUUUAAUGUAAGAAUGUAUUGUGCAAAUAUAGUAAUUUUAAACACCUGUUUUUAGGUGGAAGAAAAAUGCUUCUGUAAUAAAUGAGCAUCAACUUCUGUGUCUUUGAAACAGUGUGUCAGUGUUUUCCUGCAUGACUAUUAAACUGCUUGCUGUCUGAAUUGAAUGUAAUGAGUUAAAGUUGAAGUAUUUAACUUUUUCAGUGUUAAAAUGCUUUCUUUUAUCCCAGCCAAAUACGCAUAAGUACUAUAAGUAAGCCGUUCAUAGGUUAAUUUUCUCGAAAACUGUGUCUCUGUGGCACUAUAAAAAUUCCUGUUUGUUUUUAGACCCCACCCAACAAUGUUACUCAACCAAUGGCAUGAGUUGGAGGCGGGACUAUCUGACUGUUUGAACAACAGAAGACGAUGGGCGUAUUCGGAAAGCUGUUUUGAAAAUAUUAUUUAUUUUUGCAAUUCCGUUCCCUGACGCUAGUGUCGCAGAAAUUACAUCAGCUUUAAAAGGGCUUUGGACAGUUCCAUUGCAUUGUCUUCACUGGCUGCUUGCAAAAACAAACAUACUGAAAUGACCACUGAAGUACAGAGUGACCAAACAAACAAGACAAAAAAAAUCGGGACGUACUAGGGAACUCAUCAAGCCUGAUGCUUUGACACUGUCUCUGCCAUCCAAAAGUGCACUAAAAACAGUAAGCCUCAAAGAAUCAAAUAACCACAAAAUCAUCUUUUUCAUUACUUAUUUUCUGCAUUUCUGUCAUUUCAGCAAGGUGUGAAAUCUUUGGAUAGUGAUAUUACAGGAUGCUCUUGUAUUUGUUGUUGUCACCUUUUAGUUAUUUGUUAUGUGGUGAUUUUUGAGAGCUCAUAUUAUACUUAAUAAGCUGUUUUUGGUUGACAUCGUUAUUGUGGUUUGUGGGUCCUAUUGAUGUCCACAUGCAUCUGUAAAUGAUAUUUAAUGAUUAAUUAAAUUCAUAAACAUUUGAGAUGCUGUUUUCACAUAGUGAUUUUUCUCAGUUUAUUUGACAUUAUUUGUUAAAUAGAGUAGGUUUCAAACUGGUUAUGCCUCAUCACAUUAUUUGUUAAAUAGAGUAGGUU